UCAGAACACCACUCCAUCUUAUGAUCAAUGGUCCGCGGGCAAGCCUUGGAUAAGUUAACAUUACUCAGCCUGCCCUCGAGGUCAUACUGUCAUGGCGUCCCUUGUCCCAGCCCCAGCAGUUGUUGCUGAGGCAGAACGAUUGGUUUCGAUACUGAGGAGCCAUUCAGGGUCACCCGCUGACCAGGCAAAGGCAGUGCGGCAGUUGGAUAAGCUCCGAUGCGUCCUUCACACUGGUUCAGAUGCGCUGAUGUUCCAGGCUCUACCGUUCCAAGUCCUUCCGGCGCUGAACGUCUUGUCAGACUUCCGGGUCUUUGACGUUGUGCCACUCAAUGGCAGCAUAUCUGUCGAGGCUCUUGCCGCGGAGGUCAAGCUGGACCCUACCAUCCUGAGCCGUUUCAUCCAUAUUGUUCUUACUCAGGGAGUCUUUCGUGAAAUUUCUCCUGGGUUGUACGAGCACACAUCCGCGUCUGCUAUUUUCCGCUCGGAUCAAGCAGCCAGCUUCUUUCGUUUGGGCACAAUGCAGUUCCCAAACUGGUGGAAGGUAUCGGACUACCUGAAAACGCACUCCGCACGGGACGCACAGGAGGCCACCAGAGUGCCGUACGUCUGGGCUCACGGAGGGGAGGGGUCCAUGACGUACUUCGACGCCAUCGAGGCCGAGCCGACCGUGGCAGCCGCGUGGCACGACGGCAUGACCAUGAUUGAAACCAUGCAGCCCGUUGGAGGCAUGUUCGCUUUCCCCUCAGUUCGAGCGGCCGUCGAGGCGGAGCCACACCGUGCCUUCAUUGUGGAUGUUGGCGGCGGGCGCGGCAAUGCUCUUGUCUCCAUCAUGCGCGAGUGCGGCAGCUCGUAUGGAGCCCCCAUGGUGUUGCAGGACAUGGCCGAGGUCUUGGAGGGCGAGGACCCCGUCCGCAUCGAUGGGGUCAGGAACAUGCCGCACAACUUCUACGAUGUCCAGCCUGUGAAGAAUGCACACAUCUACUACCUGCGUAACGUCCUGCACAACCACUAUGACGAGCGAAGCCGGACGAUUCUGCGCCGCAUCGUGGACGCUAUGGGACCAACUUCCCGGGUACUCAUCGGCGAGAUGAUUCUUCCUGGGACUGCUGCUCCUGGAGCUGACCCGUUCCCGUUUUUCAUGGAUCUGAACAUGUUCAUGGAGGGAGGUAUCGAGCGUACAGAGGAACAUUGGGGAAGAUUGCUCGGAGAGGUCGGUCUUCAAAUUGAAAAGAUCUGGAGGCAUCCUGACAAUCCCGUGCAAAGUACCAUCGAAGCCAGGAUCCAGAAGUAGGGGUUUCCCAUCAGAUCCCCUAGAAAAGGAAUAAACACGGCAGUCAUCUGACUACAUUAACGUAUCAACUAGAUUUAGAUGAAUGAGAACAGUAUAAAGUAUGGCCCUUGAAUAUUUUACA